UAGGAGGGUCAGUAGAGGUGACUUCCACAAUGGCAGGCAAGCAGUCUCCUCCAAAAGAAGGCACUUUGGAAAGCCUUGAGAAAUACCACAUCAAAGAAGAUAUAGGCUUUGCUCUGGAACAUCCACUGGAAGAGCUACCCGAUGAGUAUAAUGCCUGGAUAUUCAUUGGUAAAAAUCUUCCCACACUAAUUGCGAAUGGUCACCUUCGAGCAGAGGUUGAGAAGCUACCAAUGCUCAGUGUGGAUGGUCUACAAGGACACAAGUUGCAGCGCCUGGCACAUCUGGUUCUUGGUUGCAUCACCAUGGGAUAUGUGUGGGGUAAAGGGGAUGGAGAUAUCAAAAAGGUCCUGCCAAGAAACAUUGCUGUUCCAUACUGCAAACUCUCUGAGAGUCUGGGGCUGCCACCCAUUCUAGUUUAUGCUGACUGUGUGCUGGCAAACUGGAAGAAAAAGGAUCCCAGAGGGCCCAUGACUUAUGAGAACAUGGACAUUUUGUUUGCAUUUCCUGGUGGGGACUGCAGCAAAGGUUUCUUCCUGGUUUCUCUACUAGUGGAAAUAGCAGCUUCUCCUGCAAUCAAAGAUCUUCAGUUCCUGUGGAAUCAAAUUAUGGAGCCUCAAAGACAGAAUCUAAAGACCACACUACAAUUUUCUUUAGGAGGAUACCACAUUUCUGAAGAAUAUGGCUUUCUUCUUCCAAAUCCGCUGAAAGAGCUUCCGGAUCAUUACAGGCCUUGGAUGGAAAUUGCCAGCAACCUCCCUCAUUUGAUUCAGAAUCAUCAGCUUCGUGCUCAUGUGAACAAGAUGCCCCUCCUAGAUGUUCAGUUCCUAAAGAGCUACGAGGAACAACGCUUGGCCCACUUGGUUCUUAGUGCCAUCACCAUGGGGUAUGUCUGGCAGGAAGGAGAGACUCAGCCCAAAGAGGUUCUGCCAAGAAAUCUUGCCCUUCCAUUUGUGGAAGUCUCCAGGACUUUGGGGCUGCCUCCUAUCCUGGUCCAUGCCGAUUUAGUGCUGACGAACUGGACCAAAAGGAACUCAGAAGGACCCAUGGAAAUCAGUAAUCUGGAGACCAUCAUCUCAUUUCCGGGGGGCCAGAGCCUGAAGGGCUUCGUCCUGGUGACGGUUUUGGUGGAGAAGGCUGCAGCACCUGGAAUUAAGGCCCUUGCUCAGGCAGUGAAUGCCCUCCUACAGUCCAACCAAGAUGCCCUGAUCCAUGCCUUGCAGCAACUGAGACUAUCCAUUCUGGACAUCACCCAAGCUUUGGGACAAAUGCAUGAUUAUGUAGAUCCAGACAUAUUUUAUGCAGUCAUCCGGAUCUUUCUCUCUGGGUGGCAAGAUAACCCAGCCAUGCCCUCGGGACUCAUAUACGAAGGAAUCUCCACCAAACCUCUGCAGUACUCUGGAGGAAGUGCAGCUCAGAGCUCGGUGCUCCAUGCACUGGACGAAUUCUUGGGCAUUCGUCAUAGCAAGGAAAGCGCUGCCUUUCUGUAUAGGAUGAGGGACUACAUGCCUCCUUCCCACAAGGCCUUCAUAGAAAAAAUCCACUCUGUCCCUUCCCUGAGGGAGCACGUCAUGUCCUCCGGCCUUGGUCAGUGUCUGACAUCCUAUAACCAGUGUCUGAAGGCCCUGGCAGAGCUGCGGAGCUACCACAUUGCCAUGGUGACCAAAUACCUCAUCAUAACUGCAAGCAAAGCAAGGAGCAAGAGACCAGCCCACCUCCCAGGACCACCUCAGGCUUUAGAAGGCAGGGGCACAGGUGGCACUGCUGUCCUGAGCUUCCUGAAGAGUGUCAGGGAUAAGACCUUGGAGGCCAUGCUGCAUCCAAGUGGUACAAUGCAGAGUCCACCCUAG